AUGACAUACAGUCCACCACAGCAAGCAGAGCACAUCCGUCAUCAACAAUUGACCCCAGAGUCGCCGCGCCCCCAGCAGGUCCCCUCGCCCGCGAACAUCCCCAUCCUGAGUCUUGAUAAGCAGAUGGACCCCGUCUUUGACGAGUCUGCCUACAAUACCCAGCAUGCAACGCCCGCGCCGCAGUAUCCGUCCGCCGCGUCGCAUACACUGAGCGUCCCCUCGAACGCCGCAUCGCAUUUCGCCGACCAGUCGCACGUAUCAGGCUCUCAAGCUGUAGGGGCGCAGUCUGCGGGGAAUUAUGCGCUGACGGGAGGGCCUUCAGCAGCAUACGGCGGCGCAACGGAUACGCAGACGCAAGAUACCUCUUCAAUCCAGAACUUUUCUGCGCGCCACACUGGGGCAUCAUCCUCCUAUGAUGCGCAAGCUGCAUCUUCUCAGAACAACUCUGCGUACCCAUUUGCCCAUAACAAUGCGUACGCCGUCCAGCCGGCUCCCAUCCAGUCUGCCCAAGGCGCUCACUAUCAGACUGAGGCCACUGCUGGCGGCAACAUUGACGUACAAGCCUUGUUGGAUUCUUUGACGCCGUCUGCAAUCAAUGCGAUGCCCGGCCACUAUGCAUCUCAGUUCUCAACCCAGUCUGCGCAGCCGCAAGGCAGCGCCCCAGCCUCAUUGCCCCAGCCGGCGUCCAACCUCCCUCCUCGACCGCCUGCGCAGGAGAAGCCUACCACACACCCCAACUAUGACCCGAGCGAUGAUAUCAGGUCAUAUCAUCCCGGCAGCUCUAUGCCUUCUAACACACAGCAGCGCGGCAACGGGCAACUGCAAGCUCCCAAUGCGGGAGGCCAGCCAUCGUCAACAGCAGCUCGAACAGCUCAGAGCUCGCCUGUGGCAGGCGCCAGUGGGGCACAGGCUCAACGGAGCACCUCACCGGGCGGCGACGAUGAGGACAUUCGAUGGGGGCCGGAAGUGAACAGGCUGUACGAGGCGUUCCUGGAUCAGGAAAGGAAGUUUGUGACGGAAGGACAAUGGGACCAGUUUCCAAUGGGCUCACGCCUUUUCAUUGGCAAUCUUCCCACCGAGAAGGUCACCAAGCGCGAUAUAUUCCACCGAUUCUACCGGCACGGCAAGCUCGCACAGAUCUCGAUCAAACAGGCAUACGGCUUUGUUCAAUUCUUGGAUUCCGACUCAUGCCGACGAGCAUUGGACACGGAGCAGGGACAGGCAGUGCGUGGUAGAAAGAUGCACCUUGAGAUCUCCAAGCCACAACGCAACACAAAGAAGGCAGCAGAGUCGUCAGUCAAUAAUGCCGCUCGCCGACGAUCAAGGUCACCUGACUACAACAGAGGUGCUGGAGGACCAUCGCGAGAUGGUCGAUAUGGUGGACCUCAGAAUUCGAUGUCGCCGAGAGACCGUGACAGGCGGUUCCGCGAGAGGGAUGACUAUCGUCCCAUGCGCUCGCCGUCUCCUCGUGGCCCGCCUCGCGGUAGGCGUUCCAGAGACAGGAGUCGAGACAGGUACGAGGGCCGGUACCGUAGUAGAUCGCGGACUCCACCUCGUCGAUACAGAAGUCCAUCGCCACAGCGCGAUCUGGAUGAUGAUCUGGGUCUGCCUCGCAGACCUUCCCAUGAAGUUCCUGACAUACAGGUCCUUGUUCUCAGCGAAGGCCUGCCUCGUGACUUCAUUCGAUAUGUGGAAGAUACGUUCCGCACUCAGAACCUGCGCGUCAAUGUUCUCAUCAUGAGUCCUCGCCUCUCCGAGGCAGCAGUUGUUCGUAGGCAGAUCAUUGAGGGUGUUCUGGCCAUCGUCAGGCUUGAUACAAGUUCACUCGCAAAGGGCAAGAUCAACGUUCAAAUAUUUGAUCGACGACUGGGCGCCGGUAACGUUCAGUUCAAUGAAUACGCCGAUCUUGACCUUGUGACAGCUGCCAUGCUUGUCAACAACUCAAAGCAGACGGCUCAAGCUGCCCAACCACCUGCGCCGGCCUACGGCUACAACCCACCCAUGUCUCAGUACACCCAGCCAGCCCCGAACCCUUUCCAGCCUGCACCAGCCGCCCAACCCAACAACAUCUCCAACAUGAUCUCGUCGCUCGAUCCAGCCACGCUUUCGCAGCUGCUUGGCGCCAUGUCGCAACAAAACAACAUGCCCCAAACCCCGCAGCCUACUGCCGGACUGAACCUCGACCUAGCUCGCCUGCUAGCUCAAGUUUCAAGUCCCAGCCACACUCCCGGAGUCACCUCCCCUGCCCAGCUACAACUCCCUCAGCUUGGUCAGCCGCAGUACAACGCUCUCGCCGCCAUGCUUGGUGGUCAGGUCCAGUCAGCCGCUCCUGUCCAACUGCCAGCGCAACAGCCCGGAGGCGCUCCCGAUAUGAACGAGAUCAUGGCACAGUUGGCCAAGUACCAGCGUUGA